AUGCCACCUGAACAUGACCAGCCGCCGUCUGCUAGGGACGACGAACACCCCAUCCUGCACAGUCUUCUGGACUCGCUGAACGCCUUGAACGAGCGCCUCAACGUCAUCGAGAACGUCUUGGCCGUUCCAGACCCCAAACAGCUGUCGGCAACACCUCAAACCGUCCGCAAAACGCAUGCACAAGUGCCUACGCAGCAUCGUGACAGUCAAGCCAACACCGGCAUUAGCCGACAGCCACUACCAUCCACAGCGCCACCACUACCACCACUCCACCAACCAUUACCAGGCGCUACACAAUUCGCUGCAGCCACAACACCGUCGUCCUCCGUACCGUCUCCAACGUCCUUCAGCAUACCACCGACAGGAACACCGAUACCAUAUUCCCCAUACGACAUUGACCCCUCGAAGCCAUCUCCUACCUCGAUAUCCUCCUCCAAACGAUCCUCGCAACCGUCGCACGCGACAAAGUCAAGGGUAAAGUUUGAAGACGACAAUAGCGACGGAGAUCUCGAGGCCAGCAACAGCCGGCCGGCUGACAAAGACGACGACGACGAUGACGACGAUGACGAUAAUGACGACGACGAUGAGCAACAAGGCCGAAUAGACGAAGCAGGCGGAUCCGGUGAGGGUGGGAGCACCAGCGGCACGCUACCCAAGGAGCUACAGCCAACUGGCGUCGGCGAGAGCCGCCUCGAGGCCCUGCCCGAGGGCUUUGUUGUGUCCGGGCGUGCCACCUUGCAAGAAGAGCUCGACGGCUGGACGAUCCCGCGCGGCUACAGUAUGCGCAUCAAUGGCACGCGCUCCCACGGUCGCCGCCAAAAGAUCCGCAUGGUCUGCUUUCGCGGCGGUCGCUCACGCUUGCGGCCCAAAGAAGAAGAGGCCAAGCGCGAGCGAGAGAAGGAACGGCUGCAACUGUUCCCCGACCUGCCGCCGCGCCGUCGCAAGCCUACAACGGACCGCAUCUCGAAAAAGUGCGAAUGUCCCUUCCGCUUCGAACUGGUAGAAGUGCGCCCUGGUGCCGACCGCUAUGCCGUGCACUACACCAACGACGACCACAUGCAGCACAACCAUGCGGCGGCAGACCUGAUGCUGGACCCGCGAGCGCGCAAGCUCCCGCGGGCGCUCAAGGCCGAGGUGGACCAAUGGUUGCGGGAUGCGUCGACUGUGGGGACGGGUGGCAACAGCAAGGGCGGCGGUGACACAAACAACACUGCUGGCGGCAACGGCAGCAGCAGCCCUGGCUGGACCAUUGCCAAGAUCCAGGCAGAGCUGCAGCGACGAGGGUACGGCCACGUCCUCGACUUUGACCUGCGGAAUCGGAAACGAGCCCUACUGCACAGGGACCGCAUGGCGCAACUCAAAAAUGAAAACGACGGCGGUGGUGGCGGCGACACGCCGGCCGCUACGUCCUAA